ACUGUAUGGUCAGUAAGUACUGGUUUUUAUGUCACAGGUGGCCACUGGAAUCUAGUGCAACCAUCCAUUCUUCCACUUGGUCGAUUUCCUGUGGCAGUGAUCGCUGACGUGAAAGACAAGUUAUGGUGCAGCAGUGGAAGUCAAAUAUAUGUUGUGAGCAAGAAAGGUGACAGAAUUCAGGUAUGUAUAGACACAGUUUUUUAAACAGAAAUAAAAUGGAACAAAUAAUCCGACUAUAAACAAAUAUACUGAAAGGAAACGGAAUAAAAUGACCUGCAUGAACAAGACAAAACAAGGAAGUAUAAAGAACGAAAAACAAUACAUAGCAAAUAAAAGGAAUUGUAGAAAAGCGAAUUAAAGUAAGAGGAACGUUGGCAAGCAGAACAAUGUAAAAUUAAAAAAAACCCAAAAACAACACAGCACAGGACAGGACAAGACAACAUGACAUAGCUGUUGAAAAAAGCAGGGCGAAGCAAAGCAAAAGCAAUUUUAAAUUAAACCAAAAACUGAACAGAACAAGGCAAUGCAAUGCAAAGCAAAUGCCAUGCCAAAAGCAAAGUAAAAACAAUGGAAAACCUAGCAAAGCAUAGUAAACCGAAGCAGAACAAGACAACGCGAUGGAACUGAAAUUAAAAAAAAAACGUAAAGGAAACAGCAGAACUGAUUAAAACAGAGCAAAGUAAUGCACAGCAAAAAUAAAAAGAAGUAGAAACGAAGUGUACGUAAAAUAACCAAAGCGAAACAAAGUAAUUUGCAAACGUUUUGGUAUAUAGGCUAAUUAAUGGAUAACAAUAAGUUAGGAAAAAAAACAUUUGCUAUAUAUUUAAUCAAUGUCUAGCGUAUCAUUGCCGUGGAUUCCAACAUGAAGAACUUGGUAAAACAUGUCGUGAGUUGUGGUGUUGGUGUAUGGGUGAGUGUUUGGAAGAAAGCGACAAUUAAACUAUACCAUGCAGAAACAUGUGGAAUGAUACAGGAAGUUAAUGUCGUCUCUCCUGUCGUGAAGAUGAAAAAUGGUGAGUUUUUUAUUCUUCCAGUUACCUAUAAAAAAAUAUAAUAUCUUUAGCAUUCACUUUCGAUUACCGUCUACAGUGACAUUCAACUGAAGCAAACUAACACCGUUUAUACCGGAUAUAAUAGUAGAGAUGAGGCGAUCAUCGGCAAAACCUCGGCAGAGCUCAUUAGGGACUAUUUUUUAUCACAAUCUAGAAUCGGCUGAUUGUUUUUCACGAUCUGAUUGGUCCGCGGUGUCUGUCUUGUCCUCGUUUAUCGUGCAUGGCUUCUCAUUGUAUUUGAAUUUUGUUCACUGCUUAUUCUUCCAAAGAAAAAUAAAUUUUCUUUAAAGAACAAAAGUUUCAGUCAGUGGUCACUACUUGCCUAUUUUCUGUUUGUGUUGCUCAAAAUAGAGAAUUGGCUAUGUGGCAUUCUCUCAUUACGAAAAUUAGGAGUUGAGUUGAGUAAAUGACGCUAAAUCCAAUCUCGUCCCCGAGCCUGCGAUCCUCGGGAAGGAACGUGAGGCUCUGAGAUAACCCGUCUCAGGGAGGAAUCUGAUUAUUGGCCGUUGAUAUGGAAUCCGCAGUUCAACCUUAGCCAGGAUUCCUGGCUUCCGGCAACGGAUUACCCCAGAGCCUCUCAUUCCUUCCCGAGGAUCGCAGGAACGAGAUUGCGCUAAAUCGACAAUUCGUCAAAAGGUGAUCGCGUAAGCCAAUCAUCGGUUUUGUCGAUUAAUCGGCCGAUGGUGGGUUUGUAUCGGAUCUUGAACAAUCGGUAUAAAAAGUAUGAAAAUGUCUUCCUUAAAAUCUAGUAGGGGCCACCUCUUACUGGUACUGUUCUUGAAGUAUUUGAAGUAGUAUUUGAAGGUUAUAUGAAACGUCGAAUAAUGAAGCAAUCCUUUAUUCUGGUGUUAUCACUCACACCAACUUUAUUUGUGCUGGAUGGCUUGAGUUCUUCCUAUAGGGGUCGAGUAAGAACCGUAUUUGUCCAGUGUUACUGCAGAAAGAAGCUAAGCAAUUUUAUGAGACUGGCAAUGGAUUGCUCUUCAGUUCCACGUUAUCCUCCCGGAGAAGCAGUAAGGAUUGUCCUUUUUAGACCCGGAAAACCCUGCAGUGUUUGGUGGAGUCGAAAAAUAAGAAAGCUUUUUCGCAGUUUUCGGACCUCGGAUACAAAAGUAAUGGGCGGAAGAUUUUCCCCGUUCAUUUCUGUAAGAAGCCAAAAUUUGGUGUUCUUAUAAUAAUUGCAUUUUUUAGACGUGGACAGUCAAGUUCAAUAUCUCUCUGUGGACAAGAUAAGCGUGACAGCCUUACUUUUUAUCCCUGGCUUUUUGUGGGUAGGAACAAGCGUUGGUCUUAUCUUGCUCUACCCUCUUCCCAAAAUGCAAGGAGUCCCGCGUGUGGUUGGUCGCGCGUGUGUCGCGUUUCACGCCCACUGUGGCCCAGUCCGCAGUCUGCUUGCUAUUCCACAAGGCGUAGUUGGCGAGGAAACCACCAGUGAUGACGUGAGCACUGGAGGUGAGUAAACACUUAGAGGGAAAUACGUUGUGUGCAAAUUUCUAAGUGAGCAAUAAUUUCUAAUUUUAGCUAAUUUUCCCAAAUAUACUACAAAUAACAGUAACAAUAGAAAAUGCUGCGAGCUUGGUAGACCACCUGCAUUUUUAAUGUGUCUAGCUAAGGUUAAAAUUUAAGGUAGAAUAUUUUUUUAAUUAAUAUUUAUUUUCAGGAAGCUUUCUCACGAAGUGAUUUUCAGAAAGGUCCUGUAUAUAAUGAUAUAAUAUUCCUAUUUGUAGGUGAAGAUCCCAAAGAAAUCAACAGGUUAGUUCAAACUGCAAGCAAAAAUAACAAUUUAAAUUUGCCAUCCUGGUUUUGCAAAAGCAGCGCAAUUUGUAUAGGUGAUCGUAUGGUUGUAAUUGCACGAGUGCAUGUAUGUUUCCAAAUUGCACGGAGAAACCAUACUAUUACGUACCAAUAAUAUACAUGAAAAUAUUAUGGAGAAACAUUCAUAGUCACUUUACCACAGGCGAAAUAAAUAAAUUACCCACUCAUUUGAAUGACACAACAACUUAAUACAAUUUUACCAGGCCCAGAAGUCAAAACUUAAAUCAGCAUGUCUUUUGUUUGAACCGGUUCACCAAAAUAUUAGCCUUCGAUCAGAAUUGAGUAAUUUUUCAUGUAUAUUAUCAGUGUUGAAAUACAGUACCACUGUACCAUACUUAACAGAAAAGAACAUCCGGGAAUGAAAACUACACCAGACCAACUGCAACAAACACGUGACGUUGUGACGACAUUUCACACGAAACAUAUUCCACCUUAUUAGAUCGUCAACAUCAAAGACUGACCUACAAUCGUGGACACAAUUGUUAAUAAAAUAGAUCGAAAUUUCAGGAAACUGCAUCCAACUAACUUAAUUAAUAAUUCAUGAUAAAUUAGCUAAUCACGUACAUUACUUGAUCUUGCUCACACGAUCAUACUGGAUACCUGAUGAAGUGUGUUGAUGCAGUCCAACGACCGAAUUAAUUUUGAUCCAGUCGUAGGACUGGAUCAACACACUUCAUCAGGUAUCCAGUAUGAUCGUGUGAGCAAGAUCAAGUAAUGUACGUGAUUGGCUAAUUUAUCAUGAAUUAUUAAUUAAGUUAGUUGGAUGUAGUUUCCUGAAAUUUCCUGAAAUUCCUCGCUUUAAUUAAUGAGUUUAUUCGUAUGAAUGUAAUUUUCGCCAUACAGUCGGAUUUGAUACGUUACAUCCGAUGUUGCUACAAUUCUUCUCGUACAUUUACAUUCCAUACUUGUUUCAUAUGUUUUUUAUUUGUUGUAGUUUCUGUAUAUUUUUAGGCUAUUGACAUAUGUUGUGUGAUUUACAUUUUUUGUUUGAUUUUAAUUUUUUCACGUGAUCGCUUUUAUAUUCACUAGUAUAAAGGCUUAUGUAAGGCUGCCUCGUUAUUGUCGCUAUGAACAUACGUACUACAAUUUAAUUAAAAUCUCAUAGAGACAACAUAGGUUUUGUCCAUCCACGAUGGUAGCCUAAUUUGUUGAAAUAGUAUUUUCAUUUACAUACGACGAAGACGACACACAUAAAUCACUGAAAUUAUGUUGUAUAUUUUUUGUAGAAAAUUCACUAUGCUGGCUGACAGUGAAGAAUCUGUUGAGAGUGAUGAAGAAUUUUAUUUUGUUGAUGAUAAUAAAACUACAUCGCCAAAGAAAAAGAAAUUACCAAAUUCUAGCGCUAAACCUGGCUCUCAACGACUCAAGGUGACAGUGAAAGGUCCGGAACAAGUCAGUCUUAACUCGGAAAUUUCAGAAUUACCAUCAAAUGGUAAUUCAGAGGACUUCAGCAUCACUAAACACGACGAUUUUGCCAGAAUGAUGACUACAUUUGAUGGAUUUAAUCAAGAUAACUCGCAGAAAAAUAAAGGGAAUGAUAGGAAAAGUGUACGUUCCUAUAAAAAUAAGCUUUUUGCAGCUACUCAUGCGGAGGACAGCGAGAAGGAAGAAAGAAGUUCGGAUAUUGUAGAGGUGCCGAAGUCGGAUGGCAACAAAACUCCCGGAACAAAUGCCCUGUCGGGUAUCGGGGACAGUGGGGCAAAAUCAGAUGUACCUACUAAAGAGUAUAAGCGAACUGAUGAUAGUAAAGAUAAUGGCACUGCCUCAUCGUCGUCGAUAGAUUCUUCAAGCGAUUCAAAGUCUAGGACAAAUCAAAAUUCUGAUGCAGGAAGGUCGGUUAUGUCUGAAGAGAAUACUAGUACCAUAGAAAAUAAAGUGACUGGCAAUAUAUCAACUGUGACUUCUAAUGAAAGGACAAAUAACGGUGAUGUAGCAAAGAACAUCAAAGCUACAGACGAACAAAAUAUUUAUGAAAAUAUACCUGUAGAGGAAAAGAAAGAUGUUGAUUCAAGCCGAACUUCUGAAGACGUCAGCCAGAAAAAUCCAAGUAGCCUCACACAAACAGAACUAAAUCCUAGUUCCCUAAAAAUCCCUGAAAACUCGGAAAUAACUUCUUCAAGUAGAAAUUCUUCUCAAGUCAAUACACGUUCUGAAGCUAACCAACAACGGAAAAAGGACAAUGAUCUAACUUCCAGUCAACAUUCCCAAAAUAGUUCAACGUCUUCAAAACCGCUGGAAAAGCCACAGGAGACUUACGUAACCGUUUUGCCUGGCACUUUGGAACAGUCUGAUGGAAGUAAUACUAAAAGUAGUAAUGACGGCACUGUGGACGGGGAGUUGGGGAGUGAAUCCGACAGUCGUUUCAACAAAACAGGAAAAUCGCGUGGUAGGUGUCUGUCAUACUUGGUGGUCAGCGGGGGCGAAGGUCACGUGGAUUUGAGGUUGAAGGUGAAGUCCAAACAAGAUUUGAAGAAAGAUGCCCAGAGUAUGUUCCUAAUAUGGCGAGUAAAUAGCAAGAUAUAAACACACACUAGUUAUAGUUUUAGAAUUAAUAAUACGAAAUUUUUGCGAAGUGUAUAUAGGCCAUGCCAAUUCAUUCCUGCGUUAAAUACGGAGCUUUAACAACACGAUCGCGACGAUGUCCGCUAAAACGAAUUCCUUCAAAUAAACUGGGUAAACAUGUAUAAACAGGGUUCGUACUAAACUUGAAAGUCCUUGAAAGAUCUUGAAUUUGAAAACAAAACUUCAUGGUCGACUGAAAGUCCUUGAAUUUAUAAAGAAGUGCUUUGAAUGAAAGUCCUUAAAUUCUUUACGACGGCUGUUUGAAAUUGAUUAACGUUGCCAUUUUAAAAACAGUUUAACGUCACUUUUUAAGAUUUCUAACGCCUUCUUUUCAGCCCUUCAGUCCUUGAAUUUCCUAAUACAUGGCCUUGUCCGAACCCUACAUAUAGCAUAUAAUUAUGAGCACUGUAAAUAGUUGAAACCUUUCUUGUACAUAUUUUAAUUGUCCCAGCCUCAGCUAUGAAUGUUAUAAGGUGAUGUUGUACGCAACGACGAUUCGCAAUGCAAAUGAAGUUGCACGAAAUUUGAUUGAUUCGGCAGCCCAUUGCGUAUUGCGUCGCGAAUCGUCGUUGAAAAUCGUUCUGUGUUUCAUUGCUUUUAUAAUCCUACAAUUUUAUCCCGACGCAAAACGCGACACUGUGAAAUGUUUUAUUGGUUGGGUUUUUUCAAGUUUAGACGGACGCGCAUGCGUUUUCCUUAUCAGUACAAAUUUUAUAGUCUUUUUUAACAUUGAAUUCAACUACUUUUGUCCUAAUUAUCCGAAUGUGGUUAAACUUGUUGUAUACAUGGAGCUGGUUGUAUAAAACGAUUAACCCAGUUUUAACCACUAUUUUGUAUUAAAAUACGCGAUUUUGAUUGGUUAACAUUCGCACUAAUAAUUGUAGUUAACCUUUUUAUACAACCCGGCCCAGAAUACUAACUUUUCAAGUGCUCUUUAAUUUCUAAAUAACAGUGCUGCUCAUUUUCAGUGCAUAUAAAUAUUUAACGUAUAUAUAGUAGUUAGCCUGAGCGGAAGAACGCUUAACAUUAUUUAUACUAUUUUUCGUAUUAGAUUCAAUUUUUAGCUUUUCCAUUAUUCCUUCGUAUGUCUGGGCGCAGAAUUAUACUGGUACGUUAGAAUGGCUCAAGUACAUUAGUAGGUAUUGAGUAUUGAUAAUAUUGAUUAAACCAUGCCUCCAUGUGCAGCGCCCCUCUACGCCAUACCUGACAUGCGUA